AUGGCUUAUAAACUAACCAUCCUCUGCUGUGCGCUUUUCGGUGUGGCUGCUGCCAGCUAUAUCCCCCACGGAGGAUACAAUCAAGGACACGGAGUGGGAUACAGCAUCCAGACGCACCACGAGGCUCCCAAGAAGUGGCAGGAUCACCACCAGCAGUGGGCACCAGUGGCUUCCCACGACAGCCACUCCCAGUGGAGCCACCACGAGGAGCCCAAGCACCACCCCAAGUACGAAUUCGGCUACGGAGUGAAGGACACCAAGACCGGAGACAUCAAGCAGCAGUGGGAGACCCGGGAUGGGGACAAGGAAGGGGGAUACACCAUGAAGGAGGCCGAUGGGCGCACCAGGAUCGUGGAGUACACUGCCGAUUCCCACCACGGAUUCCAGGCUACCGUGAAGCAUGUUGGACACGCCGACCACAUCGAGCACAGUCACGGACACGGAAACGGACACGGACACGGACACGGACAUGGACAUGGACAUGGACAGGAGUACGGACACGGACAUGGCCAUGCCACCAGCUACGCUGAGGUGAAACAGGACACCGGCAGCAAGUGGGAGGACAAGAGCAGCAAGUGGUGGUGAAGGAGCUGACCAAACUGACUGUACAACGAU